UUGUUCCACAGAAACACGAGCUGACAUUAGUAGCCUUACUAGUCCCCUGGCCUUUGUUGAAAGAUUUCUCCUUGCUGGGGAGACAGUUAAAGGGCAGUAGAAAAAAGGAGAGAGAAUGAGUUCAUCUUGGACAAAAGAACAGAACAAGCUCUUUGAGAGGGCACUGGCAACGUAUGACGAGCACACGCCAGACCGCUGGCAGAAUGUGGCACGAGCAGUCGGUGAUGGGAAGACAGUUGAGGAAGUGAAGAGGCACUAUGUAAAGUUGCUUAAGGACCUGCAGCGCAUUCACGGAGGCAGUCAAGGAUCUCACUACAGCACAUCCGGCGCUAGCAGUAGCAACAUCAACUCUUCAGGUGGUGCCAAUGAGGACCACAGGAGAAUGUACCUGAACCCACAGUGAACGUGAUCUUAGGGGAGCUGCUAAUCCAGAGUCUAAAGAAAGCAGCAUGCCUUCCAGCAAAACCAAAACAUAACCGAGUCUCACUAAAGAUGUUACAGUCGCUAUAUUAUUGAGCUUAUGUGCUCUUGUAUUUUGUGUGGGUACGUGCGCGCGCGUGCACAUGUCAUCAGUAUUGUAGUGAUCUUGAGUGGUUACUAGUCGAGAUCUCGUUUGAUAUACUUAUAUAUCUGAUGUGGGCAUCGCUACCUGAUGAAAAAUACGCUGUUUGUCUACAUGAUUGAAACAUAUUUCGCUGUUUA